AUGGUAUUUAAACCGGGUACCAAACCAGUUUUUUUCGUUGCUGCUGAAAUAUCCACUAUGGCUUCGAUUUCCACAAAAACCCAAAAGCUUAACACCGGCGCCUCGAUUCCUUCCAUUGCCCUUGGAUGCUGGCAAUCCUCUCCUGAGGACACCUACGCUUCUGUGUUGCACGCCUUGAAGGUUGGCUACAGACACAUUGACACUGCCCAUGUUUACCAGAACGAGGCAGACGUUGGCCGUGCCAUUAGAGACUCUGGUGUGCCAAGAGAGUCUAUUUUCGUCACCACUAAGGUGUGGAACACCAACCAAAGAGACCCAGCUUCUGCUUUGGACGGCUCUUUGAAAAGACUUGGUCUGGACUACGUCGACCUGUACCUGAUGCACUGGCCUGUUCCAUUCGUCAAGCCUGCUGCCGACGCCAAGGAACAGUUCUUCGUCAAGGACCCUAACGACCCAGACAAGUUCUACAACGACAGAGAGUGGGACUACAUCAAGACCUGGGAGCUGAUGCAGAAGCUACCAAAGGAGAAGACCAGAGCCAUUGGUGUUUCCAACGUUUCAAAAACCAACCUCAAGGCCCUGCUUGCUGCCCCAACCACCAAGAUCGUUCCUGCUGCCAACCAGAUCGAGCUGCACCCAUACUACCCACGUUUCGAGCUGUUGGCCUACUGCAAGGAGCAGGGCAUCGUCGUCGAGGCCUACUCUCCAUUGGGAAGCGCUCAGUCCUCUCUGCUCAAGGACCCUCAAUUGACUGCUCUCUCUGAGAAGAAGGGUAUCUCGCCAGCCACCUUGUUGAUCUCUUGGGGCCUGCAAAGAGACACCGUUGUGCUGCCAAAGAGUGUGACUCCAUCAAGAAUCGAGUCCAACCUUAAGGCUGUCGAGCUCGACGAAGAGUCUAUCAAGGUCCUUGACAACCUCCACAAGACCACCAGCGGUAGAAUCGUCGCCAGAGACUGGGGUGUUCCUGUCUACAACGACCCAGAGGACGUUCCUCCUCUCAAGAAAUAG